UUGGGGCCAUUUCUUGUCGUCCUGCAGCUUCACAGCCUGGACGCUCUGCUCGCAUAGUUCAAACACUGAACCUUUAGUAAUGAUGUUAGCAAGUCGGGCUCAGGCACAUUCGCUCAUGUUGCACGUUGCCAACAUAGUAAGCUACUGUGUGACAGUGUUCAUUCCUGGAGGUUACAUGUUAUUAAUGCCAAGUGCGUUUUGAUAGUAAAGCAUCUGCUCGAGCCUCUAGUGUUUGGUUUCUUUCCGGUUAACACGUCUGUACACACUGACAGUUUUUCCUGUGGCCGAGGCUGCAGAUACGGCACACAGUUUAUUUCCCUGGUCUUUCCAGAUGUGAUUUGUUCUAACCCAAGUCCAGGAUUUUGCCGGCGUCUUUUUUUGGACGCUAGUAGGCCUGCCCUAAGACAUGUUGCCGGUCAGGCCGAUGUUUGCCGCGGCUGAAAUAUUGGUUCAAUUUAUCAGCCAAUGGACCUAUUGGCCUUGUUCUGCAUCGUUAAUUUUGUAAUCUUACAAAUAUUCCUCGCCAGUUAAAUUUAUUUGUUUAAUUGGAUGUUUCCUAUUUUUGGGGGCUUUGAAUCUUUUGUUCACUAAUAGGUUUGCCCAGAGACACUGCCUGUCGGACCUCUGAAUGGUCACCAUUAAUCCAGCAGCAACUUUUUAUGCGAACACAGCGACAGUUUUUGAAAUAUCGGCGUAAUAUUCUCGGCCAGUCAGUUUCUUGGUGUCAUUUUUACAUCUUACGUUUUCAAAGUGUCUGCCUGAUUUAGCAGCCGGUUAAUUUUCUAGUCCUUCCUUUGCUGUCGUGGAUCUAAGGCAGUGCGACAUUAGGGAAACAUGCAAUGGCAAUGUUAUUGUGGCAUUGCUGUAUCUGUAGCUAUUUACUCACAUUUACCUCAACCUUCUCUUUCUUUCCUAACAAAACCAUGUCCACUAUCUAGGAGCUUUACCAUUUCAGUCACUCUGUGUCAGGCAUGGGUAUCGACGGCAGCAAAAACUAUUUUUUUCCAUGCAGAGCAUGAAUGCCUGCUACUGGAAAUACAAUAAAGAUACAUUGUGCAGCUCUACUAGUAUCUACUGUGAUAUUCCAGUCAGAUAACACGUUUUUCUUUACAAAGAUACCCUUAAGAACACGAACUGAAAGAUGACCGUCAGUUUCAGCCAGUUCUAUAGAAAUGCAGCUCUAAAUGUUUUCGCCCUGUCUUCGUCCUCGUCCUUCUCCAAAGCCAUCUAAUAUUGGCUUUAAUGUUAUUAGAAAUGAUCCAUCAGUGUUAAAGCUAACUUAUACUGUUUUUGUUUUUAGAUUUUCUGUUACCCUAUUUAGUUAAAAUUCAUCCUAGAGGAUUAGCGGUCCAAGUAAUGUAAAGGUUGUCAGGCCCCGCCCAUUAAUCCAUCGUUCUGUGUUGGAGGGGGGGGGCGACACACAAACUCAUCAGUCCUAAAUAAAAACAGAGGACUUCUGUUUAGAGGCGAUGGGGCUCUACAGAAACAAAUCUCUAAUUGUCACAGUCCAUAGGAAGCAGCGGCUAAUAUAGCAGCCAGGCGAAGGUCGGCAGAGUGAAUUAUGACUUCAUUCAGAGGUAUUCCUUGCUUUCACGGUUAUUUAAUAAACCAUCUUCUCAUUUUACAUCAGAUAACCCAGACAUUACUUUUCCUCGGUGUUUGAAUGUAAUGCUAUGAUUAUUUAUUAAUGUCAUUCCAGACAUGGGUUAGUCUUUCUUAAUUGACUUAUUUAUGAAAUCUCUAACUCGGUUGUAGUCCGAAGACAUACGUCGGUGUUCUUUUUAGCAGUCUUUUGUAUGCAGACAAAGAAAAUCUUCCUUAUUGCCAUGUGAGGAAGAAGUAUUUUAGUAGCUGAAGGGUUUCUUUGCUGUGUUUGUGUGGCUGUUGUUAGGCUCCUGUCCCGUUCGCUGUCGUGCAUCAGCUUGACUACUCGUUGCUUAUGAUUUAAGUAGUUUCCUCUAAAGUAACGCGGCAGAGGGCGUCCCGUGUAUGUUUAGCCUCAACGUCUCCGCGAUGGUUACAUUUAACAAAGUUUAUUUUGGGCUCCGCAGCUCUGCACUGCCCUUUCACUGCCUGCCAGAGGGAGCCAGAGCUCCUGCGUGGACUCUGACUUUGAGGCUUCACAUUAAUGGACCCAUUCUGGCCCCUGGUACUUCUGCUUGGAGCUAUCCGCCGCCCCUGAAUGAAAGAACCGGUCUCUCUCUUUUCUUUCUUUCUUUUUCUUCGUCUUUAUGGCGCCACUGAACUGUUGUGCACUGUGUUUCGCCAGGAGUGUCUCAGAGGAAUGUAUGGGAGUUCAUGUCUGUCCCUUGUGCUGUGCAGGCUCUCCUCCCUAUGUGAACAUUUUUACUUGAUUAUGCGCAUAGAUUAUCUUAUAAAUCUGUAAAAAAUUCCUGUAUAUCUAUUCUAUAUCUGUGCAAUGGUUUGUUAUAUUGUACAAUAUCUAGAGAAAAAGCCGUAUUCUUUAAUGCUGAAAUGUGUUUUUUUUUUUUUUGGCUAUGUUCGGAGAAGAAAAUAAAUGUAUUUAAAGACAUCAUGUGGUGCGCUGUGUGACUGCUUCCUUCUCUUUUUGCAAUCUUCCCCAUUUUGAAACGUAUUUAAUUCAUUUCCUGGCUCCUGCACCUACAAAAGGUGUUCAUUUGUUUGAUGACGGAGGCCUUUAAGCCAGCGGAGGACUAGGCUUUCACGUUUUUAGAGAAGUGAGUAUGCAGAUGCGGCGGCUGGAUGGAUUUUGGUCCCGCUGCAGCCCGAGCUGUGAGGCAACGCGUUCUCUGAACCAGUCAUAACAAGAUGCAUAAAACCAUUUCCUUUAAGGAGACGCUGGUGGUUUCUUCUCUCUCUCUCUUCUCUUUUGACAUCGGUGAACAUUAGUCACUUGAAGACUGCGCUGCGUGACGCCUGGGCACCCUCCACCCCCGGUCAUCUUCACGAAGACGGGCACAAACAUGGAAGUGGAGGCAACAUGAAGGGAUGCGUUACACACAGCUGCUAGAGGAAAAAAUAGAACAAUUAACACACAGGAAACAGGAAGUGUGAUCGGCAUUAUCGCCAGUUUGAGUGUGGUGUGUGUGGUGUGUGUGUGUGUGUGUGCGUAUGUGUGUUUCAGAAAGGUGCAUGUGGGAACCUAAGCACCUACCUGCGUUGUUGGAUAAUGUCUCUGAAACUACCUCGCAACUGGGAUUUCAGCACCUUCAAGGCUGAGACAGCUCGCAUAGCCCGUUCCAAGAGUGUGAUUCCUGCAGAGGGGGCCCCUGGAUCGGGCUCGCCACGCUCCAGCAGAUCCAUGGAGCGGCCCCUGAAGGCCGGCUGGCUGAAGAAGCAGCAGAGGUCCUUGGUGAAGAACUGGCAGCAGCGCUACUUUGUGCUGAGAGGCAGCACGCUGACGUACCACAAAGAUGACAAGGAGACCACCGUGCAGGGAGUCAUCCAGCUGCGCUUCAGCAAAGUCAGUGAACUCCCACCAAGUUCAGAUGACCCUGGAAAGUACCUCUUCGAGAUCAUACCACGUUCGACUGGAGACAGGGAGCGAUGUCCGUAUGUGCUCAUGGCCAGCUGCCAAAGCGAUUUAGACGACUGGGUCCGCACGCUGCGCAGAGUCAUUGGAGUACCAGCGAGUGGAGUGUUUGGAAAGAGUCUUAUAGACACUUUAACGUACGAGCAGCGCUUUGGACCUCACACAGUACCGAUCCUGGUGCAGAAGUGCGUGGAGUUCAUCACAGAGCAUGGGCUGGAAGAGGAGGGAAUCUUCCGCCUUCCUGGUCAGGACAACGCAGUCAAACAGUUCAGAGACGCCUUUGACGCCGGAGAAAGACCCUCCUUUCCCAGUGACACAGAUGUCCACACGGUGGCGUCGCUGCUCAAACUGUACCUGCGGGAGCUGCCUGAACCUGUGGUGCCAUGGUCUCAGUACCAAGACUUCCUGGACUGCACAACCUUGUUGGACAAUAGCAGCAAAGAGGGCUUCGCGAAGCUGGAGAAACAAAUAGCUCUUCUCCCCAGAGCCAACUACAACAUUCUCAGUUAUGUCUGUCGGUUUUUAUUUGAGGUGCAGCGACAUUCCAGCGUGAAUAAGAUGAAUGUGGAGAACCUGGCUACUGUGAUGGGAAUCAACCUGCUCAAACCUCAGAUAGAAGAUCCGUACACCGUUAUGGAGGCGACUACUCAGAUCCUGAAGCUGAUGACAGUGAUGAUCAGACAGCAUGAAGCUUUGUUUCCUGUCUCCAAAGACGUGCUUCCAGCCUCCCCUUCAAACAAGGCUGAUACUCAGAAGAACGCCCCUCGAAGCUUUGUGGGCUGGGAGUCAGCGGAGCUGGGAGAUGCAUCUAUGUCUGAGUCUCCAGAGGAGGAGGAGGAGGCGGAUAGUCCGGGUCCACUAAGAGGUGACUUCAGCCCCAAGCCCGUCUCCCAGGAGCCCUCCUCUCCCUGCGUAGACGACUGGACCGGAAGUCCCCGCAAACGCACCCAGACCCUGCCCACCUUCAACUGCCCCCUCACUGGGAUGGCAGCCAAGGCGGACGCCCUCAACAGGUGGAGCCGCUUCCACGAGAGCGGCGACGAGAAGGGCGGGACUUUGUCUGAGGACAUUUUCAAAAUCCUUGACCUGCGGACUUCUGGCUCAUUUUUCGGAGGAUCUCAGAUGAGCACCAAGGAGGGCGAGGACAGAUUACCGGAACCGAGGGGAAGUGACGACAAAAGCUCUACCGCUGAGCCCCAGAAACCUGAGAGUAGCCCCCAGCCUGCCCGGGUGCUGUCCCACCAGAAGAGCGCGGACAGCCUGAGUGUCAGCAGGCCGGCGCAGCAGGUCAACAGCAAGGCCGGACAGAAGGGUGGCCCCGAGGAGCUUGGAAAGACUUUGGAGCAGCAGAACAAGGAGCUGAAGGCCACUGUGGCGGAGCUCCAGGCUGCUCUGGAGGCAGAGCGCCACCGUGUGGCUGCUCUAGAGAUCUGCUUGAAGAAUGCAGAACGCAGCAGAGAAGAGGCCCAUAGACGGAACGACGAACUGCAAAGAGACUUGCAGAAAUUCCUUUUCCGAGAAAAGCAGGCACGCACUUAAAGGGAACUUGUCAGUAGUCUGUGUAUUUAUAAGACUUAUAACGUUACCAGAACUAAUUUAAGAAAAGAGCAGUUUGACACUGCUGGAAUGUUUUAUUUCCUUUCUGUGGGACACUGAAGAUAAGUUAUUGGUUCAUGUUGCUUGUGGUCUAAUGUCACUUCUAGAGACUUUAAAGUUGAGUAGAUGCCUCCUCACCAUUCAGUCAGUGUUAUCAGGGGCAGCAUUUACACAGAGCGUGGAGGGAAGGAAGAGCCACACCUGGAAGGAAUGAAAAUAACUCAGGAACACAUGAACAAACAACAAGAUUCAGCAGGACUGAGUGAAAGCUGAUGUGCAUGUCCCAUGGAUGGCACAUUAGACCUCCGUCGGUUCUAGCAUAAGUCAGUGAAAGCACAAAUCCAAGCCUUUAAUGAACAAAAUAAUCUUCCGUCAGCAUUGAUCUAUUUCAACAAAUACGAGGGCAGGGUUGGACUAAGAUUGACGAAAAACAAGACUGAAGCAGUGUACCGUUGACCAAGACAUUAGCGGCUGAAUAAAUAAACACAAAUCAGAAAUUGUCAAACAA